AUGAGGCGCGGCGGUGAGGCGAGCGACAUUUUCUUACCAGCCGAGAGGCCCCACCCGUGGCUGCACGAGCGCCUGCGGCGGGUGCGGGCAGUGGACGGCGGGGCGCUGGCCAUCGAACGGCUCGUCGGCUCGGUGCUCAGCAACAGGCACAGCGACCCGUCCGGGGGCCACGCGGACCGCUUCGCGCCCCUCCCGCGCACGGGCCUGACGCUGAACCACGACUGGCUGCACAUGACCCCAGGCGCUGUCGGGUGUGCGCUGUCCCACCGCGCCGUCUGGGAGCGGCUGGCUGCGCCCUGCGAGGGGGCGGAGCCGCUGUCGUGGGCGCUGGUGCUGGAGGACGACCUGCUGUGGGUGGCGCCGGACGCGCGGCGGCGCCUGGCGGAGGCGGUGGGCCUGCUGCCUCCCGGAUGGCACGUCUGCUACGCCGGCUGGCACGGCCAGGGCAUCUUGCGGCUGGCCUUGGGGGCGUGCGCCGAGGGCCCCUGCCCGGCUGUGGAGGCGCCGGGGGGGCCCAGCGGCGCCGAUGGGCACGUUCGCUUACCUGGUCAGCAGGUCGGGCGCAGCGCCUGCUGUCGGACGGGGCGGUCUUCCCCCUGGACUUCCAGCUCGACGCCCAGCUCAACUACCUGUACGCGUCUGGCAGCGUUCGCGCGUACC